AACCAUAUCCCGUUCCCGUUCCCGUUCCUCAACCAAUCCAGCAAUCUUAUGCACCACCUCCAAUUCAACACUUCGCCCCACAACCAUCAUAUCAACCAGCAGUAAGUUUUGCUGCCCCAUACCCGGAACCACAUUUUGCUUCACCACAAUUUGUUCCACAACAAUUGGCUCCACAACAAUUUGCUCCACAACCAUUGGCUCAACCACAAUUUGCUUCACAACAAUUUGCUCAGCCACAAUAUUCUUUACCACCUCAAAUCAGUGCCCCUCCACAAUUUGGCGUUCAACAACAAGGAUUUGCUUAUGGUGGUCAGCAACAAGGUGGCUUCCAACAGGGAGGUCACCCAGGACGAAUGAUUUGUUGUUGUUUUCCCGCUCAACAGUAA